AUGCUCGAAUGUGCUGAGAAGAAGAGACCUUAUGUUGAUACUUUUGUCUAUGAGCUUGGCCUUCAUGAGGCAAACCUUACAAAACGAGCCAAAAUUGAUCAAUUGAAGCUCCAUGAGGAUGAGUGGGCUCGUAUUGCUUUAUUUACAUCUCUCCUAGCUCAUGCCAACAAAGCUCAGCAAAGUUUCUCGUCUGAUAGGGGAGCAUCCCUUCAUCUUGCUUUGCCAGCUCUCGAAGCCUUACACAAGGCCUGGUUGACACAUUCCAAGCAUCCCAAGUAUGAGUCAUUUUGUCAAGCCUUAUAA